AUGGCUAGCAGUAGUAGGAAACAAGUAUUUUGCAUCUUUCAUGUUAGAGGGCACUUUGUAAAGACCUCAGAAGGGAAAUUCAUUUAUGAAGGGGGCAUCAUUACUGGAAGAUUGAUUAGAGAAGGGAUGACAUAUGAAGAACUACAAUGCAUGGUAGCUCAUGAUGUGUGGCCAGGGACUUGUGAAUAUAAAAUGAAGUACACAGUUAGCUUUGACCGGGAUACAUUCUUGGAUCUUGUUGACGAUAUUGGUGUUGGACAAGUAAUUGAGUACAAUAAUAGUAGUGGUCAUGUUUAUGUUUGUGAGAAUGAGAAAGACUUCACACAAGUGUCACAGCUGGACAGUGUACAAGAGUUAGAUGAUUUGGUUGGCCCUUGUGGAAUGUCAGUAUCUGCAAUUGAAUUGGAUCUAGACACAGACAACAUAAACAUAUCUUCCGUACAAGAUGUGCCAACACUGAUAGGAAGUGUAGGUAUGGAAACGUUGCCAACCCCAAUAGCGGUGAUGAAUUCAUCAAAGUGGGCAGAUUUGUUGAUGUCAAGAGGGCAAACCUUUGUUAGUGCUGAACAUUUUAGAGAGGCAUUAUAUAAGUAUAGCCUUGCACACAAGUUUGGUUACCGGUACGUAAAGAAUGAUAGGCAUAAGAUGAUUGUGAAGUGCUGUGUAGAUGGUUGUCCCUGGGAAAUUUCAGCAUAUGGUGUAAGUGAGAAUAAUGGAUUCCUAGUUGUGAGAAGAUUUAACUGUGAACACUUGCAUUAUGCACAAGACAACUUAGUUGUCCCUCAGAGAAAGAGGUGCAAACUUGCUUCAGCAGUCAUAAUAGAUGAGUUGAUUUCUUGCAUGCACAAAGCUCCAAAUGACAUUAGACGGGAUUUGGAAAGAGAGUAUGGGUUGAGGCUCAACUACCAACAAGCAUAUAGGGCGAAAGAGAAAGCAUUGGCAAAAAUUCAUGGUUGUCCGCAGGAGUCUUAUAUGCUAAUCCCUUGGAUAUGUGAAAGGCUGAAGGAAAGUGAUCCAGAAACGGUAGCAAAGUGGGUUGCAUCAUCAGAUAAUAGAUUUCAAGCUGUAUUUAUUGCAUACGGUUGCUGUGUAGAAGGGUUUUUGAAAGGUGGCAGACCUGUAUUAUAUGUGGAUGGAUGCCACUUGAGUGGUCCGUACAAAGGAACGUUAUUGGGAGCACAAGCGUAUGACGCGGAUAAUGAAUUAUUCCCACUUGCAUAUGCGAUUGUUGGAGGUGAGACGCUUGAUGACUGGGCAUGGUUUCUUGGUAACAUAAAGGAUAUUACGGGAUCAUUAGAAGUGACAAUAGUAUCGGAUAGACACAACUCAAUAAAAGGUGCAGUGCAAGCCGUGUUUGGAGGAGAUCGACAUGCUUUUUGCUACCGUCAUGUGAAGGAGAAUUACAGUGCUGAGUUUUUGAAGAUAACUAGGGGAAAGAGGAGGACCAGCAGACAGACAAAGGAAGUUGCACUAAAAUUACUUGAUUCUAUUGCAUACGCAAGACUUGAUAGAGACUUUGAUUGCAGUAUGGAAAAGCUAAUGGCAUUUUGUCCAGAAUUAGGACAAUGGCUUCAAACAAAUGGAGACAUUGACGUUGGGCACAAAGCAAAUUUCCUUACAAGAGGUGGGACAAUAUCACAACAAAUCUAG